GAUAACUACACCAAGGAAAACAACAACAACCAUGGUUGCCAUUUCUUCCACCAAGAUCCGCCGGAUUGGCAAGCAGAAGGGCGCGACCAUCCGCGACGUCAACGCGUGGCAAUGGAUCAAGACGGCUGCCCGCCACUUCAAGCGGGAGGGCAACCUCUUCGUGCCGUCCUGCACGGAGCUCGUGAAGACCUCCUGCGGCCGCGAGCGCGCCCCGCAGAACCCGGACUGGUACUACAUCCGCUGUGCGGCCGUCCUGCGCGCGAUCUACCUCCGCCCCGGCGUCGGCUACGGCGGUCUCAGCAAGCGCUUCUCCAGCAAGAAGAACUACGGCAGCCGUCCGGAGCACAUGGUGCGGGCCGCCACCGGCCUCCUCCACUGGGCUUGCAAGUCCCUCACGAAGCUCGGCCUCGUGAGCGGCGGGAAGACCUCCGGGCAGUGCCUCACCAAGAAGGGCCGGAUGUUCGCGGACUCGCUCGCCUUCCAGGUCCGCGUGCGCCGCUUCGGCAAGUCCAAGGAGUGAUGGGGCGUGACGUGAUAUGACAUGUGUGUAGUUUCCACUUACUUUGUUCGUGUUAUUAUUUUUGAUCCUACUAAACUAA